GGCGAAACACUCCCCCUUGAGUGGCUAGUACUGAAGGAGCGGGAAGGGCCAGGCGGUCCCCACAAGGCCGGGCGAAGAAGUCACAGCGAGACCAGGAGGAGUUCCAUGCAGACCACCGACCGCUUGGACUACAGAGACAUGGUCUGGCCACCCGAAAGCAAGAGGACUUUCCCACCUGAGCUGUGAAGACGUCACUCCAGGCAGCCGAUAGCCUUCUGGACCUGAGAUCGCUUCCGUCAGACUCUGGGGCUGAUCCUUCUGCCCAGUGAGAACAGGCCUGGGGAAACAUCUUGUCUCCAAGCCCAGGAACUAUGGAGACCACGAACCGGUGUCAAAGGCGCCAGGCAGCAGAUUUGUGUCCUGCGGCUACAGACCGGACCCAAGAGGAGAAGAGGAAGCCCCCAAUAGCGGAACCAGUUACAUUCGAAGAUGUCACCGUCGCCUUCACGGAGGCAGAGUGGGUGACCCUGAAUGCCGAGCAGAAGAACCUGUACCAAGAGGUGAUGCUGGAGAUUUACAGGAGUCUGGUCUCGAUGGAACCAAAGCCAGAAACCUGCCCCUGUUCCCCCUGCUCUCUGCCUGUUUCCUGCCAGCGGUUUCUCAGCCAGCACGUUCUGCAGACAUGCCCCAGCUUGUGUGCUGGACAUCGCUUGCACUUAACGGGUUCCAUCGCAGGGCCUCAGAAACAGCAAGAGCAGCAGCCUUCUGGUCAGAACUGCUGGAGCGAGGACACAGACGGACAGGAGAGAGAAGACGCCUCCCUGCCCUCGUGUGUAACGGCAGUGGGCAGAGAGACUUCCAGGGAACCCUCCAGUCCAGCCCAGAGAGGGUCAGCGAGCUCUAGAGAAGGCCACGCAGGGGCAAGAAGAGAGCCCACCUCAGCCCAAAGGGUGAUGUCCGUGGGAACAAACAAAGCAUCAAAGGAAUUCGAAAGCUCAAGGUUUGCCACAGUCAACUCUCGAGAGAAUGGACCAGACUAUCUCCUGAAUCCCAGGGUCAUCAGAAACCAGGAGCCCCAGAUUUGCAGUGAGUGUGGGCAAGGUUUCAGCGACAUGCCAACUCUCCUCAUCCGACAGAGAGCACAGCCAGGUGAGAAACUCCCCAGGUGCUGGGCGUGUGGGCACAGCUGCAUCCAGACGUCAGGCCUCCUCCUGCCCCGGACGACACACCCGGAGAAGACGCCGUCUGUUUGCAGUGAGUCCGGGCGAAGCUUGACCCAGAAGACGGACUCGGGAAGGAAGCCACACGUGUGCACGGAGUGCGGGCGAGGAUUUAGCCGCCACUCGAGCGUCAUCAUGCACCAGAGGACACACUCGGGUGAGACGCCGUAUGUUUGCCAAGAGUGCGGCCGUGGGUUUUACUGGAAGUCAGGCCUCUUUCGCCACCAGAGGACCCACUCUGGGGAAAAGCCUUACGUGUGCCAGGAGUGUGCGCAAGGCUUCUUCCAGAAAUCACACCUCCUUCAGCACCAGAGGACACACUCAGGGGAGAAGCCCUACAUGUGCAAGACUUGCGGGCGAGGCUUUAGCCGGAAGUCACAUCUCAUCAUCCACCAGAGGACACACUCGGGGGAGAAGCCGUACGUUUGCAGUGAGUGCGGCCGAGCCUUUUCCUGGAAGUCCUGCCUCCUGAGCCACCAGCGGACCCACUUCGUAGAGAACACUCCUGAGUUCGUGGAGUUUGGCCAAGGCUUCGGCUGCAAGCCGGACGGCAUCACCCUGCAGCGGACACGCUCCUGCGAGAAGCCUUACAUGUGUGAGGAGUGUGGGCGAGGCUUCUUCCAGAAGUCACACCUCCUUCAGCACCAGAGGAUCCACUCAGGGGAGAAGCCAUUCGUGUGCAAGAUGUGUGGGCGAGGCUUUAGGCAGAAGUCACACCUCGUGCGACACCAGGGAAUUCACUCAGGGGAGAAGCCCUACGUUUGCCAUGAGUGUGGGCAAGCCUUUUCCUGGAGGUCAGGCCUCCUUCGCCACGAGAGGACACACUCAGUAGAGAACAUACAUGUGUGCAAGGAGUGUGAGCAAGGCUUUAGCUGCAAGUCGGAUUACAUCAAACACCAGAGGAUACACUCAGGGGAGAAGCCGUUUGUGUGCCAGGAGUGCGGGCGAGGCUUCAGACUCAAGUCCUAUCUGAUCACCCACCAGAGGACACACUCCGGGGAGAGACCUUACGUGUGCCCGGAGUGCGGGCGAGGCUUUCGGCAGAAGUCCACCCUUGUCAUGCACCAGAGGACCCACUCGGGGGAGAAGCCCUACAUCUGCGGCGAGUGCGGGCGCGGCUUCAUCCAGAACUCGGUCCUCCUGAAGCACCAGAAGACCCACUCCGAGGAGAAGCCUUACGUCUGCGGCGAGUGUGGCCGGGGCUAUUUCUGGAAGUCAGACCUGCUUCGCCACCAGAGGACCCACUCGGGGGAGAAGCCCGGCCCGGGCAAGGAGUGUGUGCAAGGUUUGAACCAGACGUCAGCCAUCCUCCUCCAUCUGGAGACGCACGUAGCGGAGAAACAAACCACGUUGGUGACGAGUGUGUAGACAAUUGAAGGCCCCGUGGACCUGGUGCUGAGGACAUAUUAUCAAGUAGGACAGUCUAAAGAAGCCAGUGCUCAGCAAGAGCAAGGCCUGCCCGGGGCUGGCUUGUCUCCUUGUCGGACUUAGAGAUAAACUCUUCAGCCACACAGACGUUUUUGUCAGCUAAAAUGUACCGCUGUCAUUCAGCUAAGAAAACAAACGACCAAAACAACUCGCUUUGUUCCAGUCUUUGUUCGAAACAGCCAUGCCUCUGGAAACGGAAUGCUUAGACAUGACUGUGAGCUUUUACUCGUACAAAACGUAUUUAUUUAUUUAUUUAUUUAUGUUUAAGUCAUUUUGUUGGGGGCUCAUACAACU